UCUUUCAGUCGAUCAAACACCCCCAAAUUUCAACCCCUAGAAUUUCAAUUUCAAUUUCAAUUUCCCUCAAUGGCACCAAAGGCAGAGAAGAAACCCGCUGAGAAGAAGCCGGCAGAAGAAAAAGCACCGGCGGAGAAGAAGCCAAAGGCCGGCAAGAAACUGCCGAAAGAAGCCGGAGCUGCCGCCGGGGACAAGAAGAAGAAGAGAACGAAGAAGAGCGUGGAGACAUACAAGAUCUACAUCUUCAAGGUGUUGAAGCAGGUGCAUCCUGACAUCGGAAUCUCCAGCAAGGCCAUGGGAAUCAUGAACAGUUUCAUCAACGAUAUCUUCGAGAAACUCGCUCAGGAGAGUUCGAGGCUUGCAAGGUACAACAAGAAGCCCACCAUCACCUCACGUGAGAUCCAGACUGCCGUGCGACUUGUUCUUCCGGGUGAAUUGGCCAAACAUGCUGUUUCUGAAGGCACAAAGGCGGUCACAAAGUUUACCAGCUCUUAGGGUGGGUUUCAAAAUGUUAGUGCUUUAGCAAGACAUUUGUUCUAAAAUUGCAUAGAUAGAUUGUCUGAACUGAUCUUGUUUGAGUAGAUAGUCAAUUAUGUUUCAUCUUUUUGUAUCAAAGUAAACUCUCUUUAGUAUGAUAUCACCCUUGUCAAGGACUUCAGGCUCUAUUUCAUGAUUUGUUA